GAGUAAAAUAAAUUUGAGAAUUCAAAGUUUAGAAUGUGACAAAGGAAGUAGAAACACGAGAUAACGUGUUUCUACUCAACCUAGAGAGAAUGUAAUCGUUGAUCCUUCCGCUACCCUACGAAAUGGAUGGAACACGUAAUCAUGAAACCAACAACCGCAUUCCUCAUAUACGUACUAAAUAGGCCCUCACAACUGCAUAAGGUCUACCUGAUACGAGGACUCUGUUUCAUUGUAUUACGAGUCAUUGCUCUUCUUCUUUAGAAUACAUACCACCACGAAGAAUUGUAAAGUUUCCAUUAGGUCAUCUAAUACGUAAUACAAUUUACUUAUUAAACAAUAUAAAACACAAACAAAAAUUCUAAAAAUUAUAUAAAUUUUUUAUAAAUAAUACAAUAAUUAAAAAAAUUAUGUAAUGGAAUUGCAAUUAUAAAGAGAGUUGCGUUAGGGAUAAAUAUAUUUCACGUAAGAGACAUUUUUGAUUCGAAUAACGUAAUUAAAGAUCACUUUAUAUUAGCAUUCCUUAUAUUUAAGUAUAUUUAACAUUGGUACUUGGCGAGUAUGUGUGUCAAGCAUUUGGGGCACAGCUUCAGGCUAUGGAUCAUUGAUCAACGCAAGAAUUCGACUUGCAUGUUCUUCUUACGUCCCUCUUACGCGAGAUUCAUAAAGUGGCACAUUUUAUUCUAGAAAAUGUGUUGAAGGACACAGUGGCUGCAAGAGAUGUAGAGAUGGAACAUGUGCAAGAUGCGCAGUUCUUUUACAUCAAGGAACUUGUGUCGAUACUUGUCCUCCAGGUCAUAUUGCAGAUUGGUCAACUAGAGAUGAAUACAUGGGCAGAAUUUGUAAAGAAACAGGAUAUAUGUUUGGAUUUACUGGCAGUCAAGUAGCCAUUUUGGUAGGAGUUGUUUCUGGUGCAACUAUAUGUAUUCUGAUAAUAUUAUGCGGGGCUAUAAUUGUACAUAGAAGAAAGAAAAAAGCUGCUAAACUAAUCCAACAGUUUGAAGACAGUGCAGAGAGAAGAGAAUUUUUGAAACAUCUUGCAAUGCUUAGAGGGGAAGGCAACACGUUUCUUUCUAUGCUCAAUGACACAAGGAGACAAGUUAGGGAGUUGUACUAUUCAGGAAAUAAUGGAGAUGGUGCUGUUGGAAUACAAGCCUAUAGACCAGUUUUGCGGGAUUUGGCAAGGAUACUGGUUCUUAUUAAUAGGAGAGACGAUGAAAUACCAAUUCCUCCAGAUGAUUGGCAAAGACUUUUUUCAUGGGCUGAGAGAUUAUUAAGAAGAUACAAAAGGCACAGCUCACCUGAAGUGGCUCAACUUAUAACAUUCUUACAACAACCAACAGCAUCCGUCCAAAUAAAUUCAACACAGCAAGUAACAAUCACACAAUCACCUCAGCCUUAUGAAACAAGAACCACUCCAACCAAUCUAACUACAUUCCAACCAAAUGCACCACUUACAACAUUUCAAGCAAGCGACAAAUCAAGUAUCAGCCCUGCAAGUUCCAGUCUUGGAUAUAUAAAAGAUAGCCCUGUGAGCUCCAGCCUUGGGCAAAACAGCUCUGGAGCUUAUAACGAGAAACUUAGUCCAAAUGGAUCUAGCAUAGGACAAACAACUCCACUAGUAUAUGAUAACCAAAAACGACUGAAACCUUCGAAUACACAUUUCCAAGAACUUGCCAUUUCCACUUUUAAUCAUAAAUACAAUACUGGUGCAACAUUAACAGAAUCCACUUGUGCAAUAGAUGAAUGCGAGGCAAAUGGACUCGAUCGUGAAUUAAAUCCUCAGUGGGAAUUUCAAAGUAGUACAGAGGCUGCUAACUAUACUAUUUUAUCAGAUUGGUCACCUGCUCGUGAAUACCUCAUUGAUGACUUUACAAUUCUCGGUUUCCGACCACAAGAUGAAAUUACCACGGAAUUGUAAAUAAUAUAUUAUGAUAUACAUAAUUUAUAUAUUUCUUUAUAGUUUUUGCUCAUAAAUAUAUAUUUUCUAUAAAUAAAAAAAUUUUCUAUUUUAUAAAUAGGAAAUAUAUAUUUCAUUUAUUUCUAUUCUUUCAUUCAUUCUAAAACUGUAAUAUCUAAAGCCAUAAUCGAGAAAUAUCAUGGACUCUCAUAUUAUUGGACUAAUUUAUUCGUAUAUAAUGCAUUUUCAGCCAUUCUUAUAAAUAAAAUUUUAAAUAAAUAUAUUAUUUCUAUAUCAUUCUUUAGACAUUCAAGUAUAUAUAAAAUAUUUCAUAAUUAUUAGGUUGAUUGAGACAAGUAAAUUUUUCAUACCAAAACAAAUAGAAAAAUUGUACCUAAAGCUUGAUUUUCAAGAACCAAAAGUAAAAAUUUCCAGCCUAUAUUUCUAGCACAUACUAUUUCAGGUAUUAGAUGGUAGAAUGCAUAAAAUAUUGGUUUCUCAAUGUUUUUUGAAUAUUCAAGAGCUGUAAGAAAGAAAAUAGAUAUUAUGUUCUUAAUUUAUUCGUAAUCUACUAUGUUAAUGUAAUAGACGUAAAACAUAUCUUUCAUUCAAAAUCAUUAUUCAGAUAUUUUUUGAUCUAAACACAUGAUGCGCUAAUGCACAUUUGAUCCUAUACCUAAACAGCAUGCACCAGAAUUAAAACACUUAAAAUCUUCAAACCAAAUCUUUGAAUUGUACAACUUAAUAAAAUACUUCUUAAUUUCUUUUUGUUUAGGACAAGUUGUUUUUCUUGAUAUUCCAUGAUUUUGAAAAAAUCUGUAUGUGUCUGUAUGCAUGUAUGUAUCCUAGUUUGUGUAUUAUAUAUGUAUGAGUUCUGCGAUAGAAUGAAUUUAUGAUACUAUCAGCUAAUUGUAAGCGUUUUGUUUAAAUGAUAUUCUUUAUUUAAUUUCUAUAUUACAAAUUAAUAAUUAUUAUAUAAUUUACUGUACUAGUCAAUAUUUCCUUUUAUGCAAGAAUAUGAAUUAUGUUAUGAAAUUAUGUCCUUAUACUACCAAUGUCUGAAGUAAGUCUAUAAAAAUAGUUUUAGAUCUUUAAUACAAAUAUUUUUUUAUCGAUGCACCAACAUAUCAUUAUUAAAUAAAAAUUGCAAAAUAUUUACGAUAUAACACAUGUAUGUAUACAUACCUGUAUAUGUUGUUACACAAAAGACCAGAAUGGUCGGCUGUAUGUACAAAUUGAUGUAAAUAAUAUUUUACUAGCAAAUAUGUAAGAUAAUUAUAAAUAUAAUAUAUAUAUAUAUAUAUAUACAUAUA